AUGGUUAAAGACGACCUCGUCAACGGUGAAGGUGACAGCAAUACGACUCUCGUCAACGGUACGAAUGGUGCUAGUACCAUCCUCCAGUCUAACGACACGCGGAACAUUCUUGAUAUCGUCGACAACCUUCGCUCCCAAGGUAUUAGCAGGUACAUCGAUCUUCCCGAGAUCAUCGUAUGCGGCGAACAGUCAUCCGGAAAGAGCUCCGUCCUCGAGGCGAUCUCGGGAGUGACGUUUCCCAGCAAGGACAAUCUUUGUACCAGGUUUGCAACUGAGUUGAUACUCCGACGCGGCCCAAAAUCGCCCAUCAAGAUACGCAUCGUCCCAGGAACCAAUGAGGAGCGUUCACAAGAUGAGAAAACCAAGCUGUUAGAGUUCAAGCAUGAGAUAGCGGUCUCAGCAGAAGCUCUGCAGCUCGACAAAAUCAUCGAGUCUGCAAAAGUGGCGAUGGGUAUUGAUGACAGCACCAAAGUCUUCAGCUCAGACAUCCUUCGCCUGGAGCUUUCUAGUCCGGAACUACCGCAUCUAACCCUUGUUGAUCUGCCGGGUUUAUUCCAAGCUGGUAGUCGUGCACAGUCUGAUGCGGACAGUGACACGGUGAAGUCUCUCGUCCUCAAGUACAUGAGAAGUCCACGAAGCAUCAUCAUUGCCGUUGUAUCCGCAAAAAAUGAUUUCAACAACCAAGCCAUCACCAAAUACUCGCGUGAGAUCGAUCCGAACGGUCUUCGAACCCUGGGGUUGAUCACUAAGCCUGACACUUUAGACAAGGGCUCCGACAGCGAACGCUUCUUCGUCGAACUCGCGCAGAACAAGGAUGUCAAGUUCCGACUGGGAUGGCAUGUCUUGCGCAAUAGGGAAUAUGCCACAAGUCAUUUCACGCUACACGAACGCAACCUCGCAGAGGAACAAUUCUUCGCUUCUGGUAUAUGGACGUCCCUUCAUCCAACACAAGUAGGUGUGCACUGUCUGAAGCCCAGACUCAGCAAGAUCCUCAAGGACCAGAUCCUUGUUCAACUUCCAGAUGUUCUGGCUCAGAUACAAGAUGGCAUACAAGACUGCAAUCAUAGGCUGGAGAUACUCGGUGCGUCCCGCACUACUCGGCAAGAGCAACAGCGAUAUCUCCUCCAUGUGAGUCAAUCCUUCAGCAAACUCGUCAAAGCUGCUGCCGAUGGUCUCUACUCCGAUCCUUUCUUUGGAGACGCCUCCAAUGAGGUCGGUUACCGAAGGCGUCUGAGGGCGAUUCUCCAGAACACAUUGACGGACUUCGCGGAGGCGAUGCGCAAGGAAGGGCACGCAUACGCUAUCGUGGAUGAGGACCUAGCGAAUCAUCCUCGUCAGAUCACCCGCCAAGCCUACGUAGCGAAGGUCAAGAACCUUUUGAAGCGAAGCAGGGGACGCGAGCUACCUGGAACAUUUGACCCACUUAUCAUUGGACAGCUCUUUCAUGAACAGCGUGAACCUUGGAGCAAGCUGGUUAAUGACACUGUGGACAAGGUUGUGCAGGCGGUCCACUUCGUUGUACGCUCGGUCCUAUCGCACUUCUCCAAUCUCUCCACGCUUGAUGCACUUCUCAAACACUUCAUCUAUCCCCGGCUGGAAGUAAUGACCAAAGAGCUACGUGGAAAAGUCAACGAGCUCCUCAAGCCCCACGAUACAGGUCAUCCUAUCACGUACAAUCACUACUUGACCGAGAACGUUCAGAAAGCACAAGAUAAACGUCGCGCUCGCGAAAUCAAGAAGUCACUUGAGAAAUUCUUUGGCAAUGACUAUACAUCUCAAGGAACCCAGCUCAUGAACAUCGACGUCAACAACUUGAUCCAGUUUCUUGUUACAAAGACUGAAGCAGACAUGAACAACUAUGCAAGCUCCACGGCCACAGACUUCAUGGAAGCAUAUUACAAGGUCGCCUUGAAGAAAGUCAUCGAUGACUUCAGUGUGCUGGCCGUUGAGGUUUGUUUCAUAGAGAAACUCCCGAACUUGUUCUGCCCAGAAGAUGUGUUCAACCUUACUGAGGAGACGAUCUCGACCCUAGCCGCCGAAGAUGAAGAGUCCGCGGCGGAACGAGCCCGAUGCAGCGAGAAGCUCCAAGUGCUGGAAAAUGGUCUGAGGGAACUCAAGAGUGUCCAAGGGAUUUCACCAGCUACGUUCCAGGACAAUCAGGGUGAGGAGACCUCCCUCGAAGCAAGCUCUGUCCCUCACAAGCUCACAACUGCAAAUUUGGAAGAAUCGACCAAGAGUCUGUCUUUGGUCAACGGUGUCAGGUCUGUCCAAUAUCCUGGCCCUGUUGAAGUAAAGCCGGUCUCGGAGCCGGAAGAACCUCUAGUUCCGGAACAGCCACGAGACCACGAUGGCUGGGGCCCAUUUUUUGGGACUCCCGCGUAUAAAAAGAAGAAAAUGGGAAAAAAGAAGCCUAUCAAACCACCGCCACCCCCAGUGGAGGAAUACGUGGACACCUAUGAUAGCUAG